GUUGUUUUUCCAUAAUUAAAAGAUGUUUCGCAAUAGCUUCGUAUAUGUUUCGCAAUAGCUUUGUAUAACCUAAAAGACGAUCGCAAUAGCUUUGAAUAACCAGCAAUGUCAUAAAAAGAUGUUUUUGUGUUAUAUGAUGUCGUGCAACGCCAUUUGUUGGUAACAAAGAAUAGUGUGGCGUCAGGCGGGAUGAAUUGGCCACUCACCCCUCCUUCCGCACACGCUUAGAGUAUAAAAGGAGAACUUUAGAUACUCUCGGUAGAGUCUGCUGCGGGUUGCGUACGGAUGCCCAGCCGGUAUUGAAGCUGCUCUCUACCUGGAGUGUUGGCUCUCCCUCCUAUUGGCGCACGUGGUAACCAUAUCUGUUGCAGCUUGGUGGGUGCUUGUUGAAGUGGGAGCUGCUGAUUGGACGACCCUCGACGGGAGGACGCAGAGAUGGAGGACAUCCGGCGCCGAGGAAUUGGAAAUGACUGGGUCAUCUGCCUCCUUGCCGUUGGUGCCAUGGUCCGACUCUCCUGGGGAAUGACCGAAGGUCAUGCGUGCGAGACAAGCCAGUUCAUCGGGAUAUCAUCGAGGAACGACUUGGACGGCAAUUGCAGAGGAGGAUUUCACCAUCGGGGAGGUUGGGGAUGAUGGUGAUUUGAGGUGGGGGUAUGUGGUCACGGUCAUUCAAACACACUUGACUCCAAUUCGUGACACCUGUACACACCUAGCUCAAGCAGUGGUUGAAACCAAGAUAUACUGGACAAUUCACUUUCCCCCGAUUCCGAUAUGUAACAGAAUAAAAAGGGCAUGGUAUGAUACUUUGUUGGGGGGAACGGGAACCGUAUUGGGAUUGGCAAAUACUGCUGAUAAUGAGGUAACUAGGACCAUGCUGUCCAAUACUGGAGAACACUCUGCCAGGGCCUUGCAUCAAAUAGGGGUUUGGCUUCCUAAAGCUCUGGUGGGACAAAAAGAAAAUGCAAAACUUUGGAAAACAGUGUUUAAUUGGGAUAUCAAAUUAUGGGACGAAGCAGAGAACGUGCUUCAGAACUUGACAGAACAGAGUAGCUGGACAGUAUGUAGUAUUCAAACUCUACACGCUGCGGCUCAAAAGGAGUCGUUUCUAAGGAUAGUUACGUCGGGAAAUUAUCAAGAGUGGCGGAAGGUUUGGAACAUUUCUGACUCUUUGUGGUUGACAUUACAUCCCGAACACACCAAAUGUAACAAAAAUAAAUGUACGGGGUAUUGGACCCAGUACAACGUGACGACAACAAAGGUGGUUUGUAAAUAUCAGGUUUUGCCUGUUAUAACGACAAGUGGAUAUUGGUUUUUACACAUGGACGGAGAGUGGUGUGAACCAAAAACCAACAAAACCUUUAAAUCAGAUUUAUGUGAUUUAACAGACCAAGGGUUGGCUUGCAGAUUACAACAUGCGUACUCGAAUCCGUGCCUAACCGACUCAGAGGUUGUACUUUGUGAUUGGACUAGGGAGCCAGCCAGAGAGAUGAUGUGGCAAGUUGGACCGCAUACUCUCUGUGUGGCUACAACACAAAAUAACUCACAAGUACCUUCGGUUCCUUUUGUAGGAUGCCUUCAAGAUGUACACAUAUGGCGCUGGGGAAACAUGACGUAUCGUUUGACUAACUAUUCGGAGUCCCGCAGGUUGACUGCGGUCCAGUGGGAGGUACUACGCUCCCCCUGGUCAGUGUCUCUGGAACGAUUCAAAUGCGCAUUGGAGAGUUCUACAGACAUCCAAAAACUCAUCAAGUCACAUACGUCUAAGAUUUCCAGUCUCAUGGUGUCAACUAUGGUAGUAAAAGGGGAAAUAGUGCAUGCCGCUAAAUUAGUACAACAGGCUUCAGCUUAUCAUUGGUGGGACAUCUUCACAGGAAUGUCCUCCACUGCGCGUACUACUUUCUUGCCACCCUUGAUCGUGUUAAUGAUUGUUAUUUGUGUGCUUACGCUAUGCAAUAUGGGAACUUGCUAUUAUGUGCGACGCAUCCGGCUUGAGGUAGAGAAGGAAAUAUAUAAUCGCCUAUAAUCAAUUGCUUACAUUUUGAAUGAUGGAAAAACAAGAGUGGAAUGAAGUAAGAAUAAUUUUAUUGUGUUGUUUUUCCAUAAUUAAAAGAUGUUUCGCAAUAGCUUCGUAUAUGUUUCACACGCUUAGAGUAUAAAAGGAGAACUUUAGAUACUCUCGGUAGAGUCUGCUGCGGGUUGCGUACGGAUGCCCAGCCGGUAUUGAAGCUGCUCUCUACCUGGAGUGUUGGCUCUCCUUCCUAUUGGCGCACGGUAAGAGCUGGAUAUUCUUCUAAGAGCUGAUUGGAUAUUACUUAGCUUCAUACCACGUGAUUUGUGCUUGUGCUUGUGUUACCCUUUCUGUGUGGGACCAAUAAAGUGCCAAUUGUUGGUAGCCAGAA